UCCGGGAGCCGGAGCCAGGGGCGCCGCCUCCUGCCCCGCCCCGUCCCUUCAGCCGCCGCCAGAGCUGCUCGGGCAACGUGCGCUGUGCUCCCCACCAUGGUCAUCAAGGUUUACAUCGCCUCCUCGUCCGGCUCCACAGCGAUUAAAAAACAGCAGCAAGAUGUGUUAGGUUUCUUGGAAGCCAACAAGAUUGAGUUUGAAGAGAAAGAUAUUGCAGCCAAUGAGGAGAACCGGAAAUGGAUGAGAGAGAAUGUCCCAGAAGAUAGCCGACCAGCAAGUGGAAAUCCAUUGCCACCUCGACUGUUCAAUGAUAGCCGAUAUCUGGGGGAUUAUGAGGCUUUCUUUGAGGCAAGAGAGAAUAAUGCGGUGUAUGCUUUUUUAGGCUUGACUGCACCACCAGGUUCAAAGGAAGCUGAAGCACUGGCAAAGCAGCAAGCAUGAACAUCAACUGCCUUAAAUGUUCUGUAAAGGGAAUUUUCACGGCUUUUUAUAAAAUAGUAAAAUUGUUUCUGCUCCAAGAAAAAUGGAUAUAAUUUCUAAUAUUUUGAUUGGUGCUUGCGGCAUCCAUGAUAUUAACAUAAAUUUUGAAUACAAGAAAAAUGUGAAAAUUUGGGUAAAGAGCAUGGAAUACGCUAUUACAAAGUUGGAGGUAUAACAAAAUGAAGCAACUGGUUUAAAGUGGUUUAAAAAUCAGGUCUUGGCAAUGGUGUCCAUUUUGUGCAAAUUUAAGGGGAAAACCUGAUUUUUUUUUAAUAUGAACAACAGAGAUACAAUUAUACCCAGUGAUCCAACUAUUUAAAAACAGGGAAAAGGAACAACAAACAUAAUCUUAUCUGAUAACUCUAGUGCCUGAAUUGCCUCAAAAAUGUUACUGAACAAUAUAUGAAUACAGUAAUUUUUCAAUGUCUUUUUAAAUUGUGGUUGAAAAUUUAAAUUGUAGAUGGUAUAGUAUAGUAACCUUCCUAAGCUCUUAGAUGUAUUUCCUUUUUGUAGGAUGGAUAUUUUAAAUUGUAUUGUGGCACACUGUACAGAUCUAAAAAAUGUUGCCAUGUACUUCAUUUAAGUGACCAAUGUGGGCCCUUUCCACAAAAUAAAGAUUGGAGCAAUGAAUAGCAUUUUGACUAGCAAGUUCACCAAUAAGUUGCCUAAUCCAUGACUUGAUUACAUGUUUCUGUGCAAGAUUUAGUGCACCUCAGUGAAAUAUCCUCUAAUGCCUAGGAAGUGUUGCAAAGAAGCCAAAAGGGCCAGAAAUGGCACUUCCUUAUAUGUUGUAAGAGUUGAAGCCUUUAAUGUAAUACUCCUCAAAAGUACCGUUUCACAAAGCUUAUAGCUCUAGACAUUUGGGUGCACAUUCAAAUAAUCACCAGGUGUAAUAUAGUAAUUCUUCACACAAGAACAAAAAAAUAAGUGUUUGGGUGGUAAGGACUGUUGUAAUUGAAGAAGGCUUUGUCUUUCAGAAUGUAAAAGUGGAUUUUGUAUUGCCAUGACAUUGCCACUCCAUGUUGGAAUUUGUGAAUCCUAUUAAAGAACAGCAUCAUGUAUUGAUGAA